CCCAUUGAUUGUCUGAAAAUAUACUUUUUCUUCGUUAUUUUCCUUUUUCGGCAACCAUGUAAUGCUCAAGUUGAAUUAGACGAUAAAAUCUUAGAGAUGAGAAAAAAUGGCAUGUGGUUAAUCGAAUUUUAUGCCCCUUGGUGUGGCCAUUGUCGAAAAUUAGAGCCGGUUUAUAGGCAAGUUUUUACUGAACUGAAAAACAGUGGUAGUGGGGUUAUUGUCAGUAAAAUUGAUGCAACGCGUUACUCCAAUGUUGCAUCUGAAUUUGAUGUACGUGGAUUCCCCACACUCAAAUUUGUAAAUGGUGACAAAGUUUAUACACACAGAGGUGACAGAUCAAAGGAAGACAUCUUAGAUUUUGUAAAUAAAGCCAAAGGACCUGCCGUUCGAAAUAUUGCCAGUGUUGGAAAAUUCAAUGAAAUAAAAACUCUGCAUGGAAAGUCUGUUUUUUUCAUGUUUGUUGGAAAUGGAGAUGAAAAUGAUGAUUUGUUCAAAAAAUAUUCUUCAUUAGCAGAGAAGCAUAUAAUUGAAAGCUAUUUUUAUUCUGGACCAAAAAAUUCCCUUCCAGAUAAAGUGACCAUUAAAACUUUCCCAACAGUGUUAGUUUUUAAAGACAAAAAUAUAUUUGAAUUUGAUGUUGGGGAAUCUGAAGUUGUGACAAAAGACAAAUUAGAAAAAUGGUUGAAUCGAGAAAGAUUUCCUGCAUUUCCAAAAGUUCAGGGAGGUGGUCUUAACGAAUUGGUAACUGCAGCUAAAUACUUAGUGAUAGUAGUUGUAAAUAAAGACAGUUCAGUUAAAAAUGAGUGCAAAAAAGUUAAAAAGGUAGUUUCUAAUGUAGCUUUGAAUCACAGACAAAAAUAUCACCAAGAUUUCCAAUUUUUGUGGAUGCCCGAUGAAGAGACAGCAAAUAGUAUCACAAUGUCAUUUCUUAACAUUCCUUCAAUAGUAGUGUUGGAAACUGCCUCUCAACUUCAUUAUAUUUCGGACAAAAAUGUGACAGACCUAACUGAGCAAUCCAUUCAAGACUUUUUAGAUGGCAUCAAAGUAGGCAAAGUUGAUGCUUAUGGAGGUACAGGAUUUUUAUCUAAAUUAAAAAGAGCAGGAUUUGACUUCUUGACUACUGUUUUAAGCAUUUGGCAAGCCUCCAGGUGGCUGUUUUUGUUGAUGUUUGGGUUGCCAACUGUGAUUAUUAGUGUAGUGUGUUAUAGUUUAUGUUGUAUGGAAACUAUUGAUGAAGGCGUGAACUCAGAUGAUGAGGAUAUGGAUGAAUAUGAAGGUCAGCGAAGAGAGCUAGAAGAAAAUGAGGAAAAUGAUCAACAAGAAAAUCAUGAACCACCGAAAAUUGACCAUGAGAAAUAUGAAUGAUCCUGUGUAUUGUUGUUGUUGUUGUUAUGACUGAAUUCAGUGAAUUGUUAAGAAUGUUUGUAUCUAUAGUCUGAAAAAGCUAUUGUGCAUGUUUCAAAAUAUGAACAACUGUCCACUUUUUUGAAGUAGUCUUAAGUAGUAAUGAACAGUAUAAGCUUAAAUCUGAUUAUAUAUUAUACGAAAAGUGAACUGCUAAUGUACAUGUUUUGUGUAAGUCUUGAAUAUGCACCAAUAUCUAUUUUGGCAUGAAUAUAUCACCAUGAUAAUAGAAUGGUCAAGUGGAAAAGGCUGAUGGCAAGAUUAAAUAAGGCCUGUCAUAUUUGAUUUUCGAAAAGAUAAUGUAUAAUUUAUGACUUUAUUCCUUUACAUCUGUACAAUGUCUUUGAAUGUACUGAGUCAAAUGAACGUUUUAAAGAAUUGUAAUGUUGUCUUCUAAACAUACUAUUAGAUUGCCCAGAAUUUGCAUAAUAGAAUAUUCAAUGGAGUAAAUUUCAUGUAAUAUCAUAAUAAGUAAGUGACACCUAUAGGGAAAAAAAAGACUUAGGCUAGGUUAUUUCAAGGAAGACCUCACUUUCAGAAAUCUAUUUCUUCAUUCAUUAUCAUUGACAGAAUAUUUCAUUUAUAGUCUUUAUAGAAAAAUUUUCGUCAGAACGAACAUAUCGUUUAUAUAUAAGAUGGGCUGUGGCUAUUUGCACCAUGACGGUACAAAAAUGGGCAUCAAAAAACAUGGACAUCCUUACUUAACCCUAAAAAAGUCACUUAAAAUCAUUCUUGACAAUCAAAAUGGCUUCACGCUUAAACCCCCCCCCUUUACUUUUAUAUUUCAUGUUGUCUUUCCUUCUUAUAUCAUGUCUGUUUUCAUAAUGAUGUAUUGUUGUAAUUUUGAUAAAUGUUUGUAUAAAAGUUAGUUAUAUUUCUUCUUUUAAUUUAAACCCAAUGUCUAUUUAAUAGUAAAACUUCAUGAUUUUCUUAGAAAGAAAGGAAACUAUUUUUAACAAG